ACUUCAGUAAAGUCGAAAAAAGAGUCGGAAAAUCACCAUGAAGUUAUUUCUGUGUCUUUUGCCAAUUUUGGUGUCCUGUCUUGGGGCCGUUGUUGAAAACUGUGCCAAUUCACAGUCGGAAAGAUGCAGGAAAAUAAAUGAAGAAGCAAUGAUGCAUCCGAAAGUGCAACCAAGAUAUCCAUUUCUAACCCGGACUUCUGGUAAUUCGUUUGAGAAAACAACUGAGUACUGGACGAAUCUUGGACAUCAGCACGUUCUGGAUAAGGUCAACCGAUACUUCAAUACAAAACGAGCAAAGAAUAUUGUCUUCUUCAUCGGUGAUGGCAUGAGCAUUCCAACUCUUUUCGCUGCUAGAAUGGCUUUGGGAGGUGAAGAGCAGCAGUUGUCCUUUGAAAAGUUCCCCUACAGCGGUUUAGCCAAAACUUACUGUGUGGACGCUCAAGUGGCGGAUUCAGCGUGUACUGGAACGGCUUAUUCAAGCGGAGUUAAAACGAAUUUGUUCACAUUGGGAAUUAAUGGUCAGGUUGUAAGAGGUGAUUGUAAUUCUGGUUUGGACCCGUCCAUUCAUACAGAAUCCCUUGCAAAGUGGGCCCUUGAUUCUGGAAAGUCUGCAGGAAUAGUCACAACUACAACAGUUACUCAUGCCUCGCCGGCUUCAAAUUAUGCUCACGUGGCUGACCGAAUGUGGGAAGAUGACACUGUGGUCAGACAAAGUGGCUGUGAUCCGAAUGUAGUAACGGAUAUAGCUAGGCAACUCAUUCAUGGACCAGUUGGAAGUCGAUUUAGUGUUAUAAUGGGUGGUGGUCGAGGUCAUUUGCGCGAUUCAAGCAUCCCAGAUGAGGAGGGCGGCUUUGGUUUCCGGAACGAUUCCCGAGAUUUAAUAUCCGAGUGGCUAAAUGACGGACAACCUAACAAGCGAUAUGUUUGGAAUCGCAACGACUUGCUGACAUUGCCCUAUAAUACUGAGCGUGUUCUGGGUCUCUUCGAAAGUUCUCAUAUGCAAUUCUAUUUGGAGAGUCAAGCUAAGCAAACCCAAGAUACGGAACCUACCUUGGAAGAAAUGACUCGAAGUGCUAUAAAGGUCCUGAAAAAGAAUGAAAAUGGAUUCUUUUUGUUCGUUGAGGGUGGUAAGAUCGACCAUGGUCACCACUACACUAUGGCUAGAGCAGCCAUAGGAGAAACUAUUGAACUUCACAAAGCUGUUCAAGCUGCAAGAGAAAUGCUGAGUGAAUAUGACUCUUUGAUUGUCGUGUCAUCUGAUCAUUCUCACACGAUGUCAAUCUCAGGAUAUCCCACGAGAGGCAACGACAUAUUCGGCAAAGUCGAUACCGGGAUCAUAAAUGAUGAUUUUCUGGCAAAGGAUGGCAUGCCCUAUAUGACACUGAGCUAUGCCAAUGGUCCUAGUGCUUCAACACAAUACUCAUCCACAAGUCGUGUCAAUCCGGCCACUUCAGAUUAUAGCCAGUGGAACUCUUUCUUCCCUUUCUAUGUCCCAUCUGAUGCUGAAACUCAUGCCGGAGAUGAUGUUGGAGUUUUCGCAUCCGGACCAUAUGCUCAUCUCUUUACAGGAACAAUGGAACAGAGUCACUUGCCUCACUUGAUGGCCUAUGCUGCGGCAAUAGGCAAUGGGCCUAAAUGCCCAGUGUAAUUACAAUUGUACUCUUGAUUGACCCGAAGAUAAGCUGAUCUGUUUCAAUUGAACUUUCAAACCAUCAUCAUGUCUUAUCGCAACUGAUAUUGUAUUUAUUCUUUUUUAAAAAAUAAACGCUUUAUCUUAAA